CAUAUCAUUAAUCCUUUCGUGUGAAAACAACCUUCGUUUUUGCAGGGAAGAUUAGAGAGAAGAGUAUUGAAUGCUCUUGAUCUUUCUUCCCCAACCGACCUCUCCUCGUUUCCUUCAAGAUAAUAUCCAUGGGCGCCAUCAAUAUUCAAGAUGUCGACCUUGUGGACAUCCCCAUUGAUGAAGUUUUCGGGCACCUGAAAUGUUCGAGGGAGGGUUUGACGUCUGCAGAAGCUGCAAAGAGGCUUGAAGCUUUUGGCGCCAAUAAACUUGAGGAGAAGAAUGAAAGCAAACUUUUCAAGUUUUUGGGAUUCAUGUGGAAUCCUCUAUCAUGGGUUAUGGAGUGUGCUGCUAUAAUGGCCAUUAUAUUGGCAAAUGGAGGGGGCAAACCUCCGGAUUGGCCGGAUUUCGUUGGCAUCACGGUGCUGCUAAUUAUCAACUCCACGAUUAGUUUCAUCGAAGAAAACAGUGCCGGAAACGCUGCAGCCGCCCUCAUGGCCGGCCUUGCUCCCAAAACCAAGGUAUUAAGAGAUGGAAAAUGGAGUGAGGAGGAAGCAUCCAUUCUAGUUCCCGGAGACCUGAUCAGCGUCAAGCUCGGCGAUAUCAUCCCGGCCGACGCUCGUCUCUUGGAAGGUGACCCUCUCAAGAUUGAUCAGUCAGCUCUCACCGGCGAGUCCCUGCCCGUGACAAAGAAUCCCGGCGAUCAGGUGUACUCCGGCUCCACGUGCAAGCAAGGCGAAAUCGAGGCCAUCGUUAUUGCCACCGGCAUCAACUCCUUCUUCGGAAAAGCCGCGCAUCUCGUCGAUAGCACCAACAAUGUCGGACAUUUCCAACAGGUGUUGACUUCGAUCGGCAACUUCUGCAUCUGCUCGAUUGGUUUGGGAAUGCUGAUCGAGAUCAUAGUGAUGUACCCUAUUCAAAAGAGGACGUAUAGGCAAGGGAUCGACAAUCUGUUGGUGUUGUUGAUUGGUGGGAUUCCGAUCGCCAUGCCAACUGUUUUGUCGGUUACAAUGGCGAUCGGGUCCCACCGGCUGUCUGAGCAAGGGGCCAUCACGAAGAGGAUGACCGCGAUCGAGGAGAUGGCCGGAAUGGACGUGCUCUGCAGCGACAAAACCGGAACUCUCACUCUCAACAAGCUCACUGUGGAUAAAUCUCUAAUUGAGGUCUUUCCGGCUGACUUGGACGGUGAAGGCCUCCUCUUGCUCGCUGCUCGAGCCUCCAGGGUUGAGAAUCAGGACGCUAUCGAUGCUUGCAUUGUCAACAUGCUCAAAGAUCCUAAAGAGGCAAGGGCUGGCAUUACGGAGGUGCAUUUCUUUCCGUUCAAUCCCGUUGAGAAGCGGACUGCCAUCACCUAUUACGACUCCAACGGCAACUGGCACCGCUCCAGCAAAGGCGCUCCUGAGCAAAUUAUUGAACUAUGUGGAUUGAACGGAGAAGCGUUGUACAAGGCUCAAAUGAUCAUCGAAAACUUUGCGAAUCGCGGCCUUCGCUCUCUUGGCGUUGCACGACAAAGUGUGCCGGAGAGGACGAAAGAAGGCAGGGGUAGAGCUUGGGAGUUUGUAGGGUUGCUACCAUUAUUCGACCCUCCAAGGCACGACAGUGCAGAGACGAUUAGAAGAGCUAUUCAACUUGGCGUGAGUGUGAAGAUGAUCACCGGGGAUCAGCUAGCCAUCGGCAAGGAGACGGGCCGUCGGCUUGGCAUGGGCACCAACAUGUAUCCAUCUUCUUCUCUGCUCGGGCACGGAGAAGACGGGUCCUCGAUGUCCGUUGAUGAGCUCAUUGAGAAGGCCGACGGCUUUGCUGGAGUCUUUCCCGAGCACAAAUAUGAAAUUGUGAAGAGGCUACAAGAGAGAAAUCACAUAUGCGGCAUGACCGGAGAUGGUGUGAACGACGCACCGGCGCUGAAGAAGGCAGAUAUAGGCAUAGCCGUAGCAGACGCAACGGACGCUGCUCGUGGCGCAUCGGACAUUGUGCUGACGGAGGCAGGGUUGAGCGUGAUCGUGAGCGCCGUGCUUACAAGCCGCGCAAUCUUCCAAAGGAUGAAAAACUACACCAUCUACGCCGUCUCCAUCACAAUCCGCAUCGUCCUCGGAUUCAUGCUCAUCGCCCUCAUCUGGAAAUUCGACUUCUCCCCCUUCAUGGUCCUCGUCAUCGCCCUCCUAAACGACGGCACCAUCAUGACCAUCUCCAAAGACAGAGUCAAGCCUUCCCCACUCCCCGACUCGUGGAAGCUCAACGAGAUCUUCGCCACUGGCAUCGUCCUUGGCACCUACAUGGCCGUCAUGACCGUCGUCUUCUUCUACCUCGCUGCGUACACCGACUACUUUUCAAAAAUUUUCGGUGUUAGGUCGAUCAGAGGGACGACGGAUGAGCUCACUGCCGCACUCUACUUGCAAGUCAGCAUCAUUAGUCAGGCCCUCAUCUUCGUGACGAGGUCACGAAGCUGGUCGUUCGUGGAACGACCGGGCGUCUUGCUAAUGAGUGCGUUUGUGUUAGCUCAACUGUUAGCAACGGUGAUUGCGGUGUAUGCAAAUUGGGAUUUUGCGAGGAUGAAAGCCAUCGGAUGGGGAUGGGCCGGAGCGAUUUGGGUGUACAGCAUUGUCACCUAUUUCCCUCUUGACAUACUCAAAUUCAUCAUUCGAUUUGCAAUUGAAGACAAUAAGACAACGAAGAAGAAGUACGGUGACGCUGACAAGGACGCGCGGUGCUCCCUCACCGACCGCCUCUCCGCCUCUGACUUCUGAUGAGCAGACAAAUAUUUUGGGAGAUGACACUUAAUAUUGAACAACAAGUUGAGGGAAAAUGGUAACAAAAUCAUAGUUUUCACAAAAAUUUAAAUUUAAGUUUUGAGGGAAAAUGUGAUUCUCAAAGAGUAGAUAAUAAUUAGUAAAUUUGAGUUUUUUUAACAUUUGUAUUACGCAAACUACAUACUUGUAUUUAAGUUUUCAUCGUCCUACGAGCUUUCAGACAAGUUUUGCCAUCAUCGUUGAUGC